GAGAGGAGGCUGUGUGAAUAAAGACGCUAAAAAUGCGAAGUGACUAGAUGGGAGCCAAGACGUAAAACUAGGGAAGGAGAGAGAAAGUGGCUUCAUGAAUAGGAAUGCCUGCCAGAUACCGGAAUUGGAGGUGAUGGAUGAAGAUCGGCAUAUUGAAGAAGUCUUGGAUAAGUUUGUUAAUUGUCACGAGCAAACAUAUGAAGAAUUUCUGAGCACUUUCACUCAUCUUUCAAAAGAUAAUGUGACCAAAAGAGGAGCCUUUGGAACCAAUUCUUCAGAAAACAAUUUUCCUUCAGUAAAAUUUACUCAGAGAAAUGAACCAAAUGAUCACCAUCUUAGCAAUAAAGCCAUCUUUCUUCGUACUUCAUCACAGUGUUCAGAAGAGGAACAGAUAGUGAUGGAUGAAGGCCAAAAAGUUGGCAGUUCCUUUCAGGGUGAUCUGAAUCGGGCAGGAAAGGUGAAGGUAGACAACUUCCUUGAUUUAGAAGAUUUGGACUUGGAUGAAGAGAUUAAGCCCCAAAUGAGUAAGAAUUUGCUGCUGCUUCCAGGAGAGGUGGAGCAGGACAGGAGCACGAGUGUUUCUUCUUACAUUCCUUCCGUGGCCCAGCCUCUUACCUCUGGAGUGAAGCCAAGGCCCACUGGAAAAGGAGCAGGGGAACAAAGGGAAGAGAUAGUUGGAGGUGAAGUUCGGCCCUUCUCACUUGAUGAAGAAUUUGAUUAUGACGCUGUGAUGCUAACCCCCAAGUUCACUCCUGCAGAGAUAGAUGCCAUCAAAGACCUAUGCAAGCAAAAGAGAAAGAGCACAGACUUAGAGAAACCCCGGGACUGAUCCACCAAGACAUCUUCAUGUUUAUUUUUAUUUUGUUCUUAUUCGAGCAACAUUAGAAUAAAAUAUAUACCUACUAUAAUCCCUUU